AUGCACCGGUCGGGCACGUUCCCCGUCGCCACACUCGACGGCGACGGCGACGUGAGCCCCUCCCGCGACUUUCCGUACAACUUCCCCCGGAGCCACAGCAGCGCCGUCCCCGCCGCCCUCCGCGCGGCGUACGACUCGCUCGACUCAGACGACCUCCUCCACCACGCCGCCACCCCGCCCGCGUCGCUCCCGCGCCACCGCCACCACUCCCCGCGCCACGCGCAUCCCCACCAGCAGCAGCAGCACGGCGCGAGUGCCCCCCGCCACGUGUCGUACCAGGCGGGGCCCACCUCGUCGCUCCGCCCGCAGAGACACGGCCUGCGCGACGACGGGGGAGGGGGAGCGGCGCGUUUCGCGCAGGACGCGCAGCACCAGCGCGCCGUCGCCGCGGGGCUGAGCCUUUCGCCGCACAGCCUCUCCCCGCACGGCCUCUCGCCGCACGACGGCGUGCUUGGCGGAGGCCCGCUGGGGGACUUUUUCGACGAGGGCGUGGAGGACGUGCGGGGCGGCUUGCGGGGGCACGCGCAGGUGGCGGGGCGGGACGUGGGGCAUCUGCACGCGGGGAGCCUGGCGCUGGACGCGGAGAGGGGGGAAUUUGGGGCGCUGGGGGAAGGCGGACGGCGGCAUGAGGGCCGGGGCAGGCUGGGGGGAGGCUUGGCCAUGGGGGGCUCGUUCGAAGGGGGGGCGCGCGGGGUGCAGGGGAGCGGGAGCGGAGGGGUGGGAGGGCACGGCGGUAUGGGCGUGGGCGCGAGCAGAAGUGGCGGGGGCGGCAGCAGGGUGUGGGCGCGCACGCUGAGCCACCAGGCCGCUGACCUGAGCAGCAGCAGUAGCAGUGGGGCGGGCGGCGGGCGGCACUUGCUGGGCGCGCAAUGGCUCGGCCUGGACCGAACUGUGGGUGGCCGUGACGUGACUGUAGCGAGGGGUCUGGGCCGCGUUGCCUUGGCUCAGCUGUGCCGGCAGAGAGACGAGCCAGCAUGUGUGCGUGUGCCCCUCACCCUGCCUCCUCUCUACCCUGUGCUGUCCCAACCCUCCCCUCUCUCCCUCGCACCUCCUCCCCUGCAGUCAUCAGGCUUCGAUGACACCGACAUGCUCGCCACCAAUGCUGUGCUGCCACGUGUCAACAGCCUGGCAGUGAACGGCAGUGGCCUCUUUGACUCAGACGACCUGUUGGACCUGCGCCACGGCGCCAUGGGGUUGGGCCGCGAUGGUGCGGGGCGGGGGGGGGCGCGGGAGAGGGGCGCGGACAUGGACGCUGACAUGGCGAUGGGGGGGGCGCUUGGGCUCGCCAGGCCGUAUGGGCGGGAGAAUGGGGGCGGGGGCGGGGGUGUUGGCGAGGGCAUCAAUCUGAAGCGCGUGUUGCGGCUGGGCGAGGCGGCGCGCAGCAACGAUGCGGACCUCGUGCACGCCAUCCUGCAGGACGCCCCCUCGCGCCACCCGCUGCUCUCCGCGCUGCACCCCGGCACGGGGCGCACGGUGCUGCACGAGGCGGUGGUGGCGGGCAGUGUGGACGCAGCGGCAGUGCUGCUCGAGUGGGGGGCCGACCCCGAUGGGGGCACCCCACCUCAGGAGGGUUUCUCGCCGCCGCUGCUGUGGGCGGUGCAGGCGGGCAGUGAGGAGUUGGUGCGGCUGCUGCUCACCAACGGGGCGGACAUCAACGCCACCGACGCCCACCGCUGCUCUGCACUGCACUACGCCUGCAGCACCGGCCACAGCUCCUCGUCUUCACCCUCACCAAUCCUUUUCCCCAUCCGCCCUUGUCUUCCCGCUUCCCUUCACAGCUCUCUGCUCCCUUCCCUCCAACUGCACUCUCCUUGUACCCGCAAUCCUGCCAUGUCUCGCCCUCUCUCCGUCACUCUCGCCCCCCACCUCCCAUGUGCCCACCGCGCGCCCACCAGGGGGAUAAUAAAGCUGCUGCUCGUGGCGGGCGCCAACAUGUAUGCGCGCAACAGUGACGGGCUCGUGGCGCAGCAGCUCACGGCGUCGGAGCGCAUCCGGGCGCUCUUCCGCAAGCUGCACGAGUACCACCUGCGCUCCACCGGAGGGGUUGGGGCUCAUGCGGACCACACGGGCAGCAACAGCGGCGGGGGGGAGGGUGGUGGGCAGCACUGGGAGGGCGGCCUGGAGGACACCGCCGCCUCCGCCCACACAGGGCUGCCAGGGGGGGCCCUGGGGCACGGGGAGGGUGGGCGGGCGAGGCGGGAGGGGCAGGGUGGUGCAUCGGGUGCGCGCGGGGUGGACGCCUUCCCGCUGUCUGCGUCGGUGGCAGCGCCGCCAUCGCGCGCGGACUGGCUGCUGGCCAAGAAUCGCACCAUGAGCUUCCAGAGCCCCUCCCGCGACACACGCCCCUCGCACCCGUCCCCCUCUGCGUCCAUCUCGCCCCUCUCUGCGCACCCCACCUCCCUGCCUGCCCGCUCCAUGUCCUUCCGCAGCCCCUCGCGCGACCGCCUGCGCCCCGCCGCCCACCACCAUGCGGCGCCGCCCUCCGCCUUCUCGUCCGCCGUUGGACAGCCCACGGGGCUGCCCGCGCGCACCAUGAGCUUCCGCAGCCCCACUCGCAGCCACGGGCUGCCCGGGCAGCGUGCGCACAGCCCCACCCCCCCGGAGGGCCAGGAGCAGGCCUUCACGGCGGCGUGGGAGGGCGCCCGCCGCGUGGGCGGCACUGACAGCCCCGCCGCGUCCCCCGCCCUCUCGCCCUCGCCACUGCCGUCCUCGCGCUCCGCUGCCUCCCCCACCCGCCACACUGCAGAGGCGGACAGCACCGCUGGCAGAGUGGGGAGUGCAGGCGGCGUUGGGGUGGUGGGAGGGCUCAGAGGGGCGGGUGGAGGGGGAGGGAUGGGCGUGGCAGGGAGGAGGGUUGGGGGCAGCCUGGCGGGGCGCGCGCUGGAUGGCGCUGCUGACAGGGCGGUGGCGGCGGGGGCAGGGGUGGGCAGGCGCCAUGGGGGCAGUGGCGAGGGGGGCGAGGGGGGGGGUAGAGGGGGGGGAGGGAGGGCAGCGGGGAGAGGGGUAGGGGGAGUGGGAGGGGGGCUGGUGGUGGGGCAUGGCGAGGUGAUGUCAGAUGUGGAAGGCGGUGCAGUGCGGUUGCGGCGGGCGAGAGUACCGGGGAGCAGCAGUGUGGGUGGCAUGGUGAGCGACGGCGGCGGUGCGGGCGAGUCACGCCUGGGGCGGGCCGCUGGCAGGGGCGCUGGUGGCACGGCCAGGGGGGGUGGCGGGGGGAGGGGUGGGGCAGAGGGGCGAGGGAGAGGGGCGGAGGUUGGGGGUCGGCGGGGAGGGAUGGUGCGCACACAGUCUCUGAGUGCGCAGGCCAUGAGUGCAGGCGAUGCGGUGGAGCGCGGUGGCAUGGGUGGCGAGGUAGCUGUGCGCGGUGACAGUGGCAUGAAAAGCCCCUCUGGCAACAGCAGACAGGGCGUGCAGCAGCAGCAGCAGCAGCAGCAGCAGAGAGGGGUGGUGAGUCCGGGAGAUGAGGAGAGGCAUGGGGGUGAGAAGUGCGGGAGUGAUGGCGGAGGAGACAGGUGCGCGGAGGGAGGAGGACGCGCAGCACAGCCUGGGGGGUUGGAUAAAAACAGAGCGAGGGAGAGAGAAGGCAGUGGGAAGGAGAGAGAGGGAAGUGGAAAGGAAAGAUUGGGAAGUGGGAAGGAGAGAGGGGGAAGUGGGAAGGAGAGAGAGGGCAGCAGCGGGGAUAUGGUGAGUGGGGAGGGUGCAGAGGGAUGGAUGGCGGAGUCGUCUCAGUCGGAGAGUGACCGCGGCGAGCAUGGGGGCGAGCAUGGGGGCGAGCAUGGGGGCGAGCAUGGGGGCGCGGGGCGCAGGGACGCAGCGAGGGGGGCGGGCAGGCGGGUGGUGGGGAGGGGCACGUCGCAGGAGGAGAGGGCGGGGGGGAGAGCCGCACCACCACCCACGCGCCUGGGCGCAACUGACCCACCGCCUGCUGCUGCCGCUAGUGCUGGCGGUGCUGCUGCUGGUGGUGCUGGGGCGGGUGGGAGGGGAGGGCAGGGGUCAGGUGGAGUGAGGCGGGUGGGCAGCAGUGACGCCGUGGGGGACGCGUCAGCGUCAGGCGGCCCGCGCUCCCCCCUGGCGGGGGCCUCCUCGCCGCUGACGUCCCCUUCUGGCAGCUCGCCGCCGUCGUCCGUCCCCCACGUGCGGCGCCUCGCACUGGAAGGCCGUGGCAGGCCGGGCAGUGGCAGUGGCAGCGGGGGAGAGGGCAGGCAGCAGCAGCACGGCAAGGGGGGCCAGGGCGAAGGGCCGCGGCGGCAGCAGCAAGGUGGGGAGGGGGGUGACUGGCCGUGCAGCGACACGGAGGUAUCUCUGCGCGCUCGCCAGCAACGCCGCCCGGGCCUCCGCUCCUCUGCACCCGGCGCCGCUGUGCCGUCCGCGUCCCCUCCGCCUGACAGCAUUGCGUCACACAGCAGCAGGGGAGGGGCGGGUGCAGCAGGGGCAGAAGAGGGUGCGGCAGGAGCAGCGGGGGGAGGGGGUGGGCAGCGCGUUGGCGGCAGGGAGGUGGUGACGGACGAUGAGAGCUUGCACGCCGCCAGGGGCCCUCGGCCCACCCCCUCCUCCCUGCGCCGCCUUGGCUCCGGUGUGCCGGGUGGUAGCGGGGAGGCGUCAGGGUGGGCAGAGGGUGCCUCGCCAGCACCAGCAGCGGCAGGGGCAGGUGCGAGGGGCAAAGGGGAGAGGCCUGGCAGCGCAGGGGGGAGGGCGGAGAGGCCUGGCAGUGCAGGGGGGAGGGCGGAGAGGCCUGGCAGUGCAGGAGGCAAAGGAGAGAGAGCUGGCAGCACACGUGGCGCUGCUGCCCGCGCUGCUGCACCCGCUUCUGCUGGGGGCACUGGUGCUAGCAGCAGUAGUGGUGGCGGUGGUGCUGCUGCCUCGAGUGCUGGCGUUGAGGGCAGCGAGGGCAGCGGCACAGCUGCUGCUGUUGCUGCUGCUGCUGUGACAGGCGCGUCUCCAUCUCCCUCCCAAGCUGCUCACCCCGCCUCCGCCACUCAAGCCACGCGUGCACGCAAGUCGGUGAAGUUCUCACUGCCCGCUCAUGGCAGCAGCCCGCCCAGCGACUCAGCACAUGGGGAGAGUCCGGGUGCAGCGAAUGGGGUGGAGAAGAGUGGCAGUGGGGAGGAGGCAAGUGGGGGAGAGCAGGGAGGGAGGGAAGCAUCAGCGGAGGGGAAGGCGGGGAGGGGCGGCGAAGGGGAGAAGAAGGGUGCAGUGCGGCCGCCCCUCUCUCCCAAACCCGUGGAGGCACGGGAGGGCGCGGAUGCACGGGAGGGCGCGGAUGCACGGGAGGGCCAUGUGGAAGGGAGUGGGGACGAAGCAUCUAGUGCAGGCAAAAGGGAAGGAGCUGCUCCGGCCUCCCCUGCCCUCGAAUCCAAAAGCACCGACCCCGCUGCCUCUCCCACGGCCGCUGCUCCCACCUCCCCACUCACCCCUUCCUCCUCUACUCCCACCGCUGCCUCUGCGCCGGAUGGUGGGGAGGCGGCGUGUGGAGCAGCGUCGUUCAAGUGGAAGAAGGGCGAGAUGCUGGGCGAAGGGGCAUACGGCAAGGUGAGGGCAUACGGCAAGAUGAGUGCAUACGGCAAGGUGAGUGCACACGGCAAGGUGAGGGCAUACGGCAAGGUGAGGGCAUACGGCAAGGUGAGUGCAUACGGCAAGGUGAGUGCAUACGGCAAGGUGAGUGCACACGGCAAGGUGAGGGCAUACGGCAAGGUGAGGGCAUACGGCAAGGUGAGUGCAUACGGCAAGGUGAGGGCAUACGGCAAGGUGAGUGCAUACGGCAAGGUGAGUGCACACGGCAAGGUGAGUGCAUACGGCAAGGUGAGUGCAUACGGCAAGGUGAGUGCAUACGGCAAGGUGAGUGCACACGGCAAGGUGAGGGCAUACGGCAAGGUGAGGGCAUACGGCAAGGUGAGUGCAUACGGCAAGGUGAGGGCAUACGGCAAGGUGAGUGCAUACGGCAAGGUGAGGGCAUACGGCAAGGUGAGGGCAUACGGCAAGGUGAGUGCAUGCGGCAAGGUGAGUGCACACGGCAAGGUGAGUGCAUACGACAAGGUGAGUGCAUACGGCAAGGUGUUUCUGGGGCUGAACGAGAUGACGGGCGAGCUGAUGGCGGUGAAGGAGAUCAAGAUGACAUCGCAGGGCGACGAGAAGGCGAUGCUCAUCGCAGCGCUGGAGCGCGAGAUCGUGCUAUACAAGAAGAUGCGGCACCGCCACAUCGUGGGGUACAUCGACAUGGAGAAGCACGAGGCUGACGGCUCCAUCUACAUCUUCCUCGAAUUCGUGUCGGGCGGCUCCAUCCACAGGUGGACUCCAUCCACAGGUGGGCUCCAUCCACAGGUGGGCUCCAUGCACAGGUGGGCUCCAUGCACAGGUGGGCUCCAUGCACAGGUGGGCUCCAUCCAUAGGUGGGCUCCAUCCACAGGUGGGCUCCAUCCACAGGUGGGCUCCAUCCACAGGUGGGCUCCAUCCACAGGUGGGCUCCAUGCACAGGUGGGCUCCAUCCACAGGUGGGCUCCAUCCACAGGUGGGUUCCAUGCACAGGUGGGCUCCAUGCACAGGUGGGCUCCAUGCACAGGUGGGUUCCAUCCACAGGUGGGCUCCAUCCACAGGUGGGCUCCAUCCACAGGUGGGCUCCAUCCACAGGUGGGCUCCAUCCACAGGUGGGCUCCAUGCACAGGUGGGCUCCAUGCACCGGUGGGCUCCAUGCACAGAUCUACUCCUCCCGAGCUCCCAUCUCCUCCUCCCGAGCUCAGAAUUACUCCUCCCGAGCUCAGAUCUACUCCUCCCCAGCUCAGAUCUACUCCUCCCGAGCUCAGAUCUACUCCUCCCGAGCUCAGAUCUACUCCUCCCGAGCUCACACCUCCUCCUCCCGAGCUCAGAUCUACUCCUCCCGCGCCCUGCUCUACUCCUCCUGCCCUCAGAUCUGCGCAUUUCGCGCUCAGAUCUGCACAUUCCGCACUCAGAUCUACUCUCCCGCGCCCAAAUCUGCAUUCCGCGUGCUCAGAUCUGCAACUCGCACGCCCUUGCUAG